AUGUUAGGGUGUCGGCCAGCAGACACUCCUAUAGGAGAGGAAAAAGAGAGUCCACCAACUGAUAAAGAGAUGUAUCAAAGGUUGGUUGGGAUACUUAUCUACCUAACUCAUACACGGCCAGAUAUUGGUUUUUCUGUCAGCAUGGUUAGCCGCUACAUGAACGAACCCAAAGAGGCUCACAUGAAAGCAGUUAACCGUAUUUUGCAGUAUAUAAAAAAGUCACCAGAGAAGGGGCUGCAUUUCAAAAAGGACACAAGCAGGAAAAUAGAAAUAUUCACGGAUGCAGAUUGGGCUAGCUCAGUAACUGAUAGAAGUGGGCAUUGCUCAUUUGUAUGGGGAAACUUAGUGACGUGGAGAAGCAAAAAGCAAUCUGUGGUUGCAAGAAGCAGUGCUGAAGCAGAAUUUAGGUCAAUGGCUCAUGGGAUUUGCGAAGGGAUGUGGCUCCAAAGGAUGCUUGCGGAACUACAAGUUCAUACUUACCAUUAA